GAUGAGGGAGCAAUAUUCAGUGGCAUCCCUUCUCCUAACAGUGUGUGGAUGAGAAAGCAGCUUCUGUUUCUGAUGUUGCCACUGCUUCACUCUCUAACCAACCUCUGCUAAAAAGGAUAUAAAAAAAAGAUAUGCAAUAACAAUAUCCCAUACAUGGCAACAACAGGAGGUUCUAUUUCACUUUCUAGCUUCCCUUCAUCAUCUUUUUGCCGUAAACCUAAACCCAUAUUGCCUGCUGAUUCACUUGAACUAAGACACCUCAAAACAUGCAAAAAUCUUGUCUGCUUUGCAGCCCAAGAAUCUUCAUCUCUAACUGUUGCUGAGGAGAAGAAAGAGGCUCAGACUGCUGAAGAAAAACCAAAGCCAAAGGCAAAGGCAAAGGCUCCAGACAAGCCUCUACAUCAGAUGAUGGAGGAGAAUGUUAUACCUUCACUCAAAGCAAUUCUUGAAUCUCAAAAUGACAUCCUUGAGCUUGAGCUAUCGUUUAAUGAAAACAAACUGGAGGGCUCAUUUCUAAAGAAGGGCAAUCCAUAUUCAUUUUGGGCAUUCUUUCCAGAUGGACUCACAGGUCCUAAAGGUUUCUCUUUGUCCUCCUAUGGUUCUGGCGCGAGCACUGUGGAACCUUUUCUCGUUGAUGAGAAAAAAAUAACAGCAAAGCAUGUUGUUUUCUGGGUAGAGAAGCGCUUAGCUGCCCAAGGAAUUAUUCCUGUCUGGAAAGAAUAAGUGUGUAUAUUGUCUCUUACCUUCUCCCUUUUCUUCUUUCAUUUUCCAGUAAAAAGGUCCAUUUAUAUGUAGUCAAUCCUUGCUCUUCCUCUUCCUCUUCCUCUUCCUCUUCCAUUGUGUAUUUUAAUAUAACAAAUGUACACUUGCCACAUGAAAUGAAAUUUCACAUUUCCCGAA